CCGCCGGCCCGUGCGUCCGAGAAUCCAAGAUGGCGGGAUCCAAGCGAAAGCGUCCCCAGGCCAGAUCGCGACCGUUUUUCUACGCGCUGCUGCUGUCUCUCAGCCGCUUCGUCGGGGGCGAUGGCCUGGUGGGCGACGCCGUGGCCGCCGGCGCCGCGGGCACGCCGGCCGAGCUGCCACACCGUCGUUUCGAGUACAAAUACAGCUUCAAGGGACCGCACCUGGUGCAGAGUGACGGGACCGUGCCUUUCUGGGCCCACGCGGGGAAUGCUAUUCCAAGUUCAGAUCAAAUUCGAAUAGCACCAUCACUAAAAAGCCAAAGAGGAUCAGUGUGGACAAAGACAAAAGCAGCCUUCGAGAACUGGGAAGUCGAGGUGACAUUUCGAGUGACUGGCAGAGGUCGGAUUGGAGCUGAUGGCCUAGCAAUUUGGUACACAGAAAACCAAGGUUUGGAGGGCCCUGUCUUUGGAUCAGCUGAUAUGUGGAAUGGUGUUGGAAUAUUUUUUGAUUCUUUUGACAAUGAUGGAAAGAAAAAUAAUCCUGCCAUCGUAAUUGUAGGCAACAAUGGACAGAUCCAUUAUGACCAUCAAAAUGAUGGUGCCAGUCAAGCCCUAGCAAGUUGCCAGAGGGACUUCCGUAACAAACCCUAUCCUGUCCGGGCCAAGAUUAUCUAUUACCAGAAAACAUUGACAGUAAUGAUUAAUAAUGGCUUUACACCAGAUAAGAAUGAUUAUGAAUUUUGUGCCAAAGUAGAAAACAUGGUUAUCCCCCCACAAGGACAUUUUGGAAUAUCUGCUGCCACAGGAGGUCUUGCAGAUGACCAUGAUGUUCUCUCUUUUCUGACUUUCCAAUUGACUGAGCCUGGAAAAGAGCCGCCUACACCAGAUAAAGAGAUUUCGGAAAAAGAAAAGGAAAAGUAUCAGGAGGAAUUUGAGCACUUUCAACAAGAAUUAGACAAAAAAAAAGAGGAGUUCCAGAAGGACCACCCUGACCUGCAAGGGCAGCCCGCGGAUGAUGUAUUUGAGAGUGUAGGAGAUCGUGAGCUAAGACAAAUCUUUGAAGGUCAGAACCGUAUUCAUCUUGAAAUCAAGCAGCUGAAUCGGCAGUUGGAUAUGAUUCUGGAUGAGCAGAGAAGAUAUGUCUCGUCGCUGACAGAGGAGAUCUCUAAAAGAGGAGCCGUGGUCCCAGGGCAGCAUGGGCAGAUUGGUCAGCAAGAACUGGAUACUGUUGUGAAAACCCAGCAGGAGAUUAUGAGACAAGUGAAUGAAAUGAAGAACUCCAUGAGCGAAACGGUGAGACUGGUGAGUGGGCUGCAGCACCCGGGCGCCGUGGGCAUCUACGAGUCCACGCAGCACUUCAUGGACAUCAAGGAGCACCUGCACGUGGUGAAGAGAGACAUCGACAGCUUGGCGCAGCGGAGUCUGUCAUCCAAUGAGAAACCGAAAUGCCCCGAGCUCCCGCCCUUCCCAUCAUGCUUAUCUACUGUCCACUUCGUCAUAUUUGUAGUGGUACAAACGGUGUUGUUCAUUGGUUAUAUCAUGUACAGGACUCAGCAAGAAGCAGCUGCCAAGAAAUUCUUUUGACCAUCCUUUUUGUCUGUGUACAUCCUGUAUGUAUGCACAAAAAUGUUGUCUUUUUGAGGGAACUUAAGUGUUUAAAUUACUUCAUAAGCUAAAUUAUUAAAUUUUGUAUAAAAGAACUGUUUAAACAUUGGUUUUCAGUGAGAAUAAACCUUAAAGACAACCACAUGUAAAUGUGUUCAUAGUUCCUAAAUCUGUAUAAAUUUCAGUGCAUUUCUGGUCAGUAGAAUGCUGUCACUGAUCAGAAUACUGGAAAGUAAAAGGGUAAAUAAUAGAAAAUGGGGGCAGCCCCUGCAUUAAGAAAGUGUUACACCAUCUAAAUUUCCAGUAAUGGAACGUCUUUAUCUUACACAAAUGCACUUGCCUCCUACACCCAAAAUAAAAGGUCUAAUUAAAAAGACCCUCAUCAUGUAUGUGUAACCAAAGUCAUUUUUAGAAGUCAGUUUCCUCACCUAACUUUCAAGUCCUCAGUCCUUAACACCACUUGCUUGGGAAUCAAAGACUAUUUUGCCUGAGGGCUUUAGAAUGUUGACAAUAGGCUCAGAACACUUAGAGAAAUGUUUUUUUCCUUCUGCUAUGUUUCACUUUUCAGUUUGGAGGGAAACGGAUGAGGUCCUUUUUGCCUAAAAAUAUCAUUUAGGUGGAAGCAUUCCUCUGGUAAUGAUUUUUCGUAGAUAUUUUACCUGGUGGUAUUUUUAUUUCAUGAUGGCCCAUGUUCUUGAAUAUUUUGAUUCCAGUGGGGUCAGUUCAAAUUAUAAAAUUCACUUUUAUAUUUUUUUAAUUAAAUGAAUUUAUUUCACCUCUUUUGUCUGGCAUGUAAUUUGUCUCUCAUUGCAUGUUCUGAGGAUAUUUAAAUUCACAAAACCUACCACUACAUUGUGGUUACAACUACAUAACUAGAAUUUGUGACUUCUUGAAGACUCUUGAAACAAGGAGGCUGUUAUAGAAUCAGUGUUAAGAUUUUUGAAGGAAAAUUUUGAAAAAUUAAGGCAGUACUUGGAAUUUCUUCUUUUUAAUGCCAGAUCUAAGGAUAUUGUGAAGCCCUUGUUGGUAAAUUUAGCUAGGAAACAUGAGACUGGAAGAUUUUAUAGUCUCUGUGCCUGGCUCUCGGUAUUAGAGAAGCCAUCUGUAAAUGACAUUUUUUAAAAUGCAGGUUUACUUUUUGUUUUCAUAGCUGAUGUAGAUUUUUGCUGUCUUUGAAAUCCUUUUACCUCUUAUGGAAAGUGAUUGUCUUUUGUUUGCCAUUGUGUCAGAGCACCCUGUGUUUAUAAAAUAGUAUUUUUGAGCUCUUUCAAGGCUGAGUUUUCUCUUAAAUGUCAUUUACAGAUUGGACUGACAGCUAAACCCUGUGUAAAGACCUUGUGAAGAACUACGCCCUGCGGCAGCACCUAACACAUCCUGUAUGCCAACUGCCGCACUACUGGCUAUGUCGGCCUUGAAUAUCCCAGUGGUCACUCCAGCCACUUGAACAUUCACAAUGCUUCUCUCCCCCCCCCCCUUUUUUUUGUAGUGUUAAUAUUUUGAAAUUCAUGUUUCAGAGACAUCGGCAUCACAGAAUUUACCAUUUAUUUCAUGAAAAAAAAAUCCUUUAGAAGAAUUUAAACUAUAGACUACAAAGCCUGGGAAAUCUUCUUGAGAUAAAAAGCUGCCAAACCCAGUGUUACUUUAAAGUCCCUGGUCACAUGUGCCUGAACAGGAGAGAAAUUCCAGAUCUAUGCAGAACCCAUAUUUCAGGCUAGAAUUCAAGGGAAAUCAUCCUGAUUGUUCCUGAAACACAUGUAGGCGGCAAUGUGGGACAUGAGCUUGAAAACUGCUCAGUAACACGGUUCAUGCAGGAUGCUUCUCCGACUGUUGGAAGCUUGGUUUGUCUUCCUCAGAAUCAUUGGCUUUAGCCCAUUUCUGAACAAAAGUGUUUGCUCUAUGGAAAAAUGGAUCACUGCCAGAAUUUUGUUUUCUUUUUUGUUAUAUGUAAUUGAACUAAUUCACUUCUAUCUCACACCAGCAAGUAUUUACAGGUGCCUUGGAUU